GUCAGUUGCCCUAGAAGACCAAAAAAAAAAAACUCCUAUCGGGGGCAAGACAGUUUCAGUUUCCAGCAAAAGAGAAAAAAAAGGCAACCCAAACAAAGAAGCAACCUCACACCUGCAGGCGAGCAAAACACUUUUUCCAAAGAAUCGAAAAGGAGAUGUUCUAUCGAGGAUAUCCUGAUGGACGUGAAAUGGGUGCAAAACGUCAGCGAAUAGCUGACAAGGGUCCUUCAUUCUAUGCAAACUCCCCUGGUUCAAGUUCUAUGUACAAUGCACCUCCCAAUGGAUAUGCGAGCCAGCCACCUCAUUUCCCUGUUGUCCGCCUCCGUGGUCUUCCUUUUGAUUGCACAGAAACUGAUGUGGCUGAGUUCUUCCAUGGUCUGGACAUAGUUGAUGUUCUUUUUGUUCACAAGGGUGGCAAGUUCAGUGGUGAAGCUUUUUGUGUUUUGGGGUAUCCUCUUCAAGUUGAUUUUGCACUUCAAAAGAACAGGCAGAACAUGGGCAGGAGAUACGUUGAGGUUUUCCGAAGUAAGAGGCAGGAUUAUUACAAGACAAUAGCGAAUGAAGUGUCAGAAUCUCGUGGCUCACCACGACGAAAUAUCCCUAGGGCUAAAUCGUAUGACGAGGGAAAGGACUCAGCUGAACAUACAGGAGUAUUACGAUUGAGGGGACUGCCAUUUUCAGCUAGCAAGGAUGACAUAAUGGAAUUCUUCAAAGAUUUUGUUUUAUCAGAUGAUUCGAUCCAUAUUACAAUGAAUUCAGAGGGUAGGCCAACAGGGGAAGCCUUUGUGGAGUUUGCAAAUGCUGAAGAUUCUAAGGCAGCGAUGGCCAAGGAUAGGAUGACUCUUGGGAGUCGUUAUAUAGAGCUGUUUCCCUCGUCAGUGGAGGAGUCGGAUGAAGCAGUUUCAAGAGGCCGAUGACCUGUUCUUAUUGUACGUUUGCUUAUAUCUGGUAUUUUGUACUAGAAAUCUUUAACCUUGUCUUGUUGUUUGAAAUUUUGCUUUACUAGUUUUUCCCUCGUAAGUUUGUUGUUUUGAGCUGUUUAGGAUUCCACUUAUGAAUCUAUGCAUAUCUAGUCAGAUUGUUAUUCUAA